AUGAAGGUUACUUGGCGUAAAAUUUUAUCUGACUGGAAAAGUAGUGCUGAAGGAUUAAAAAAUCCUGUUUUACAAAAACAAACUUUCCCUUCUCUUCUAAAAAUGUUACUAAAUCUUUUACAGCCAACAAUAGCAACAUCUUUACAAAUGGAUUUCGUACAUGUGGAAUAUACUCUGUUAUUUAAAUUACAAGUUAUUGGAAAGAUUGCCAAAUACUGGCAAUCAUACCAACUCCCCAAAUCGUAUAAAGAUAUUUUUUAA